AUGGUGAUCAAAGACAACCCCUCGAUUGGCCCGCCCACCGAUGACCUCACGAUAACACGCGAAAACGCGCCAACACUCGAAGCGCGUCAAAGUGUCGCCACGCACACAACAGACCCGCCGCGGCCGGAUCAUGGCAUCAUGGCUGCACCGUCCACACGGCUGACGACUCGCGCGAGCGAGUAUGGUUCAGAUAUCGACAUCCAGUCCAUCGCGACGCUGAGCGACUACGGCUCGGACAUUGACAUUGACGACGACACCAUACUCGCCGACGCCUUUGACACGAUAACCGACGCUGCGCAAACCCAGAAGAGCGCAGUCCUCCCCAGCAUAGAAUUCGAAGAGGGCGAACUCGAAGACGAAGAGCAGGAUGUGGACGGCUUCGUGCAGAUUCAUAGACCCACGGUCCUGCGCGUUGCAAAAGGCAAGGCCAGUGUCGACGCGGAUGCGCAGAGGGAUGUACAGAGCUCGCCCAUGCGCGAGCGCAAGGCGCUGGAAGUCGAGUACGACGAACGAUCGCGACGGGCGUGGAGUGCACAAUCUACGCGCGCCGCAUCUACCACGCAGGCCGUACAGGCUGCCAAAACCGAUAACCGGCCGCCCAUCGAGCGGUUCCGAACGAAGCCCAAGAAAUGUCUUUCGGUGACUGAUCUUGUCUCACCAGCAUGGUGCGAACUGCAGUACUUUUACACGUUGAGCAAGUUUGGGCGCAAACCUCGAACACAGGCGAUGAAGACCGGUAGCAAGAUACACCAAACGCUGGAAGACCAGGUACACACAACAGUGCCAGUGCAGGUAGAAAGUAAAGAAGACCGAUUUGGACUACGCAUGUGGAAUGCUAUAUCAGGCCUGCGGUGUCUCCGCGAGACGGGCCUUACGCGUGAACUAGAAGUCUGGGGCGUGCUCGAAGGCCAGGUCAUCAACGGCGUCAUCGACGAGGUCUCCUACGAAUGUCCCGACUCAGAAUUCGAAGAGGAACUCGAGCGAACCCGCGCCGAGAAAAACGGCGGCAUCGUCCCCUUACCACCAGGCCAACUCAGCAUCACAGACGCCUUUGCAAAGGCCAGCAAACCGCCCUCCUCCAGCCCAUUAGUCUCCACAUCCCCCUCCGACCGCCAAAUCUACAUCGCAGACGUAAAAACACGAUCCGCGAAAUCCCUCCCAACAGGCGCGUCUCUCCGCCCUACCUGGAUGCAACUAAUGCUCUACCGCAAACUCCUCGAGUCCCUCUCCCUCAACACCGUCGACGCCGAAACCGUCUUCGCCCGCUACUCCCUCGACCCCCUCACCCCCUUCACCCCGCUCUUCCUUUCCGAAAUCAGCAACCUCGGCCCCGAGAACGCCGCCACCUCCUACCCCAACCUACUCGCCCUCUGGUCCCUGCUCGUCACCGAAAUGCAAGCCACAUUCCCUCCUUCCAGCCUCUCCCCCAUCCUGCGCGCGGAGUUCAGGUAUGCGAAGACGGGGGAUGUGUUGGGCAGCCGGCUUACGGUGUAUGAAGCGAGUGUUGUGGAUGGGUAUGUGGAGAGUGAGAUGGAUUGGUGGAAGGGGAGGAGGGAGGCCAAGGGCGUGGAGAUUGAAGAGGCGUUUAAGUGUCGGAUUUGUGAUUUUAGUGAGGGGUGUAGUUGGCGGAAGACGAAGGUUGAGGAGGCGGUGGAGAAGAGUCGGUUGAGGAGGGAGGCCGAGGCGAAGGAGAGGGGGAGGAGUGCUGUGUAG